CCUCUCAAACAAAAUACUAGAAAACUCUGGGGUCCUUUCCCACUUGACUUAAGCUGGUUAAGAGGAGGGAAAGGGGAGAAACUUUGCAGAUUGUGAUUGGAAGAUGGUCUGCUGGACAAAGGGGCAGGUAAUGCCAAAUAGAUCUAGCUAGUGGUGUAACAAUAACGUCAACAGAUCAGACCAUGGUAACAAAGGCUCAAGGAGAGAAAGUUACACUAUUGUGCACAUUUACUCUUGGAACAGCAGAUGAGGGCAUUCUUGACAUUGAAUGGGAUGUAGUACAACCAAAUGAGGAGCAACCAGUAAUUAUAUACAAUCGAGACAGGGUUUAUGAUCAAUAUCAUAUGGCCGGACGAGUGCAGUUUGUCAGUCAAAAUCCAGCCUCUGGAGAUGCUACCAUUGAUAUUCUGAAUUUAAAACCAGCUGAUACUGGUUUUUACCAGUGUAAAGUGAAGAAGCUUCCUGGUGUUCAAACUCAUAGAGUCCAGCUAAUAGUACUUGAAAAGCCAACAAAAACGAGUUGCUAUAUUGAAGGAUCACCGGAGAUUGGAACAGAUAUUAUUUUGAAAUGUAAAUCCCAAGAAGGCACUCCUGUCAUAAACUACUACUGGACAAGAACUUCUGGCACAGAACUUCCAGCCACCUCAUCUCAAAACCCAGAUACAGGUGUUCUUAUGAUGAAAAACGCUUCUCACAUCCACUCUGGCACAUACAAAUGUGUGGCUUCAAACAGAGUUGGAACAGAUGAAUGUUCUAUUACACUGAAUGUCACCCCUCCUAUGAACAGAGGUGGUACGAUUGCCGGAGCUGUUAUAGGAUCUCUUCUAGCUAUCUUGUUAGUGGCUUUUAUUGUCUUUUGUUGCUUCAAGAAACAGAGAGAAAAGAAGUAUGAAAAAGAGGUGCAUCAUGAUAUCAGAGAGGAUGUUCCUCCACCAAAGAGUCGUGCUUCAACAGCCCGUAGCUAUAUAGGGAGUAAUCGAUCGUCUUUGGGUUCAAUGUCUCCGUCUAAUAUGGAUGGAUAUGCCAAGACUCAGUACAACAAAGUACCGAGUGAAGACUUUGGACGUACUCUUCCUCAAAAUCCAAAUUACGAACCUCCAAAGGUAGCUGCGCCUAAUCUAAGUAGAAUGGGAGCUAUUCCUGUGAUGAUUCCAGCACAAAGCAAAGAUGGUUCCAUAGUAUAGUGUGGCAAUAAUUUAUACUUCUGCAGUGCAGUACAAGCAUUGAUGAUUAACUUGUUUCAUUUCUACACUUUUACGUAUACAUAGAAUUGAUCUUGAGCAUGAAGAAGUGUGCUUGGUCCACCAGCUUUGUAUUAAUCUUUGACUGUGUACCCCAAAAACUGAGCCUUUUGAAAAAAGAGUUGUCUUUUGUGACAAAACAUAAAACACUUGCAAUAUUUAAAUUCCAUGGGUUGCUGAAUAAACUGUAGAGUUGUUUCAUUAUUAUUAUUUUUUAAAAUAUUGGGUGAUACUAAAGUUAAUUGUCCUUAAAUGUUUAGAAUGAAUGAAGUAUAUUCAAUGCCUGUUACAAAAGUGGAAAUGUUUUGUGUAAAAAGUCUGAAAACAUGAAAUUGAAUUCUUGUGAUCUGGUUUAUUUUUCUCAACAAUUUUAAAUUUUUAAACAAAUUGUCAGUUAUAGUUAAGCAUGCUGAUUAGACACAGUUGAAUUUGAGCUUAAUUGCUUAACCAUGUCCUACCAGUGUUUUCCCUCUUGCAGGAUAACAGUAAGUUAAUAUCACCAUGCAAACAAUCUACUUGUGCUUGUUCAAGAGCACAAAUAUUUUUUGUCUUGAUACAAAAUGGUGUGUGUGUGUGUGCGCGUGCUUGCACAAAAUAAAGAAUAUAGACAUGUUAAUUACCCAUCUGACCAAAAGAAGGGAAAUGGAGACAGAGAAAGGUAACUAAAAACAUUCCUAAAUCAAUCCAGCAUCAAUCCUGACUAGAUCAGACUCAUUGAAAUUAAUGUGGUUGUAGGUAGCAGAUCUCAUUCACUUCAUUGUGUCAGCCUGAAGUACGAUCAAUGUUAGAUUUUGCGUCUGCAUUUUGUAAGAUCGAGCAUUUUGAAACUACUGUUUUUCAAAUAGCUUGACUUGACUACAUUUAGCAUAUAUGUGUACAAAAAGUCUGGUUUUGAUAUAUAAAAUAAUAGCACUACUGUGUGUUAGAAACAUUCAAUAUUUUUAUUUUGUGGUACCAUUUCUGUUUGAUCUGAGAAAUGGCAGCAGGGGUGAAGUAAACCCAUUGUCCCUCUGCUGCUUUGGUGUACCAGUAUGCUCAGUGGCUCUUUCCAAAGCUUUCUGAUGACAUUUUUUAACAAUAAUUAAUUCUUCCUGUCUGUAUUCUUACAUGAUUUUUUUUAUAAAAUAGAGGGGAUGUCUGGAACAUUAUAAAGUGAAUUUCAACUCAAUUUCAGAUUAGCAUUUAAUCUGUCCAUUUUGUAAACUAACAGAUUGCUAGGAAGUUGUUUACAGUUAAUUUGUAGGAAUCUCUCCUCCCCCCUUACAUAUUUCCACAAAAGUAGUAUAUCAGCACUAGUUAAUUAAACUUCCAUUGCAAUUUUACUGUAUAAAAUUUGCUCCCAUAUUAGUAAAGUACAAUACCUGUGUUACCCAUUCCUCUGGUUUGAAGAAAUUUGGGUUAUCCGUAUGUAUAUAAGUAUGAAAACACUGGCUGUAAAUACAUUUGAUUUUCUUAACUUGCCUAAUCUGGUAUUUUCACAUAUUAGAAUAGGCAGUGACUAAUUUCAAAUCAGGUCAGUUAUGCAGAGUGUAUAAGCCUAUAUUGCUAAGUUUAGAUAAUUAACUCAAUUUUAAAUGUGUAAAUAGCCUUCACAUAUUGAGAUGUUCUAGGUAGUCUGAUGCUGUUGGAUCUAAGAUCAACCUUUUUUUUAUCUGUGCCUUUUCAAUAAACUUUACACUUGAUUGUACAUUACGCUUCAACUAUGAAAUAUCUUGGUGCCUGACUGUACUUUUCUUAAUGGUGCUACAAGAUGAAGUUAAUAGUUUCGGCACAACACUGUGACUUAAUUCCUUAUUACUUGAUGUUUAAUUUUUCCUGUCAAUGUUUUGGAUGUUGUUUAAGUGACUGCAUAAUGUCCUGUAUUUCAAAAUGGCUCCUUUCUGUUUGUUGCUAAUUCUUUCAUGAGUCUUGAUAACUCUUCUGUAUAAAAUGUAUUCAUCUCCUCCUACAACUCCCAGUACCAGAAGGAUGAAUGAAUUAGACUAACUUUGCAUGGUGGCUGACUGCUUUUGAGAGGAAAAGAUUAGUAGAUAGAUAGAAAAGACAUGUAGUGUGAAAGGCACACUUCCUCAAACAUUUAACAUAGUAGAUCCACUGCAUCUCUGUUUGUUUAUUUUUUUUACAUACAUACUAGUGCUUGGAACCACUGUUGACAUUACACAGAAUUGGGUGAUUCCAUUUUGUACUUCAGACUGCAGGUUGAGGUAUUAUAUUUCUCUAUAUUUACUGACACAAAAUAAUCCCUAACUGUUAAACUAGACAUCUGGGAGAGCUCAACUUACUAGAGACAGGAAUAUUUCAUGUGAGAAUAUACCUGCAUUCUGAAGUGGUACAAUCCAAAAUCUACCACAUUGUAUAAAGAGCAGAAUGACUCUUGCUGAACAACUUUUCAAAUGCUACGUGUUGUGUGAUUCGUGAAGAGGAAGUGUAUAUAUGUGACAUUUUCCCAUUGCUGUCUACAUCUAGUAUAAAUGGAUAAUAUACACAGUUGUGUACAAGUACAGCAGUCAGGAAAAUGUCUGAAUAUUUAAAGCUUGUCACUUCAUGUAAAAAUACAUAAAUAGAUAGAAUGAAGGAUAACACAACGUGCCUUCAGAAUACAGCUCAUGGGCUUUGGAACUUUGACAAUGUCUACUUGUUUAUAAAACUGUAUAGUGUUUGUAGUAAUAGAGACUGACAUAAGAGAUUUGUGUAUUUUAAAUAAACUCACUUGGGACAGGCUCUGCUUCAAGCAAUUAACUUCUAGACCCAAUUGAAUGACUAAAUACCAGUCUGAAGGACAACUCAGUAAGAUCCCAAAAUGUCACUUUUGGAAAAGUGUCAGAUUUUCUUCAGGCUGUGUGUUGCCCUCACCUGCUGCUACUUCUUUGGCACACCAGAAAGCUGAAAAAUGCACUAUUUUACGUUAGAGAAAUGAAAGAGGAUGUGACCCUCAGUAGCACUCUUCUGACACUGCUGAACACAUUUCUCCUCAGCCAACAUGCUGGUAGUAGUAAGAUAUUCAUUAUUAUACCACUUGUCAUCUGGGCCCCUUUCCAUGGUUCCAGGUCAGUGUUAGGGUGAUUCAUGGAGAGGUUGUUCAGCAGUUCCUCAUGCAGUUGCUAGAAAAGGGACAGCUGCUUUCCUCAAUGUUAAAGUGCUGUGCUAUUUUGUUAAAAUUGAUUCUCUUUUUAAAGUAAGCACUGAAUGAAUGAAGUUAUUCAUUUAUUUAAAAGUGUUAAAACAUCAAAUUGCAAGCUGUAGCCGAAAAACAUACAUCAUACUUAACUGGAGAGAAAAGGCCUCGUGUAGCACUAAUACAUGUGGCGAAAUGAUCUUCUUAAGGGAGCAAGUGAAAAUAGAUCAUCUCCAUCUGCGAAGCGUAUGGGUAUUAGUUUCAUGUUUUGUAAAUUUUAAUAUUACAGACCUUUUAUCUGAAAUAUAAAUGCAAUUGUAAUAUCUUUAUGACUAACAAACAACAGAAUUUAGUGUGAGCAAUAUUUAAAUGUGUAGAUAUUGAAUAGUAGGUAAUGGAGCAUCAUUGUUAAAUUUGAUUUCAUUGAUAAUGAUUUUAAAAGGGAUUCUUUUUCAGUAUUGUAAAUAUCUUACAAAAAUGGUUUAUUAAAGCUAAAAAAAGCUGAAUUUUAAAAUCAUCUUUCCCUGGUGUGGAGGUACAUUUAUAUUGUAGCUGUUACAAACAUAUUUCUUUUCUUAGCAUUUGGAACACUUCUUGCCAAGACUGUUGUAUUUCUUAGAGCAGGAAUGAAAGCCCUCAGAUCACUGGGAAGUUCCUACUUUGCAUUCAUUAUUAGAAUGUCUUAGGUACUGACUGUGAUCUAAUACAGGACAUUCAUGAGGCACUAUCAUACGGCUUAGAUUUGGCAUUGAAUGCAGUUUUCAGAUUUUUGAAAUACAGAUACUGACAUUUGUAGGGCAAGUCUAAAUGUUUGUAGUUUCGUAACUUAUGUACUACUCAAAAUAAAGGUAUGAGCAAAACCAACUAUUCUGA